UCGAGACAUUUUACCAAUGCUCUCAAGUCAAAAUGGCGCUGAGGACUAUAUCUCCUGUGCAACUUUUUCAUAAAAAUGUUUUAUUUUUGUUCGCAGGCGGUACAGUUUCACAGGUAAGAUACAGGAACCAUAGAGAUAUGCCACAAAAGAAGAAGAAAAAUCCUUUUGUAAAGAGGCAUACAGAUUUCAUCAAGCAUCUCUCGAUCGCAUUGGUGAAACACGAGAGGGUUUGCACGACUGCAAGGAAGGCUGAGCAACUGCGACAAUAUGGCGAUCUUCUCAUCAAUUUGACACAAAGAAGACAACCACCCCCUGACUUAUAUAUGAUAAAAAAUGGUUUUGUAAUAACCGAGGAUGAAGCAAUAGAAUCGCGAACUAGGAGGAGGAUCACGAAUAGAAUGUCAAAAAAAAGCUUCAUUCCACCAAAGGAAUUACCAGAAGAGGAAUAUGUUGAAAAGUGCAAGUCAGUGGUCAAGGAUAUUUUAUUAGAGGACAAAGAAGCAAUUGAAAAACUUUAUGGACCAUUGGCAAAUCGUUUUCAAGGAAGGUAUGGAGGAUUUGUGAGGGUCACCAAUAUUCCACUUCCAAAGAAAAGACUUUUCCCAGCACUUGCAUUUGUAGAGUUUGUUGAAAAUGAACUUAAACCAUUGCCAGAAAUGCCAACCAUUGUGAAGGGACGCCUUAAAGCAUUCCCCAGAGCCAAUAUUUGUGUAAACCAGACAGAAAUUAUACCAGAUGUUAUAGCUUAAUUCAACAAUGUAGAUAAACUUGAAUCUUUUAAUGAAAUUGGAGAAGACUUGUUCCCAGA